CUCGGAGGCGGGCGGCGGAGGUGGCGGCGGGCCGGCGGCAGGGCUGGCUGCGGUAUAGCUGCGACGCCGUGGCUCUGCGGACCGGGGCUCGAACGUACCGCGUCGCGUCGCAUCGCGAUAGCUCAGUCUUCUGCGAGGGAGAGUGAAGAUGCUUAAGGAGCGCCCAGGGAUGGCGGAAGAGCCUCAGCAGCACAUGGGGGUUCCUGUGGUGAAGCUGGAGAAGGAGCUGCCCUGGGGCAGGGCGAGGGAAGACUCCAGUCCUGAAACCUUUCGUCUGAGGUUUCGCCAGUUCCGCUACCAGGAGGCCGCUGGUCCCCAGGAAGCCCUUAGGGAGCUCCAGGAGCUCUGUCGCAGGUGGCUGAGGCCAGAGUUGCACACCAAGGAGCAGAUCCUGGAGCUGCUGGUGUUGGAGCAGUUCCUGACCAUCCUGCCCCGGGAGUUCUAUGCAUGGAUUCGGGAGCACGGCCUGGAGAGUGGCAAGGCACUGGUGGCCAUGGUGGAGGAUUUGACGGAGAGUGCGCUGGAGGCCAAGGCGGUUCCAUGCCAUGUGCUGGGAGAGCAGCAGGAGACAGCCCUUGGCCAAGGCUCUUGGGAGCCAGGGGUUCAUCUGGGGCCAGUGGAGGUUAAGCCUGAGUGGGGGAUGCCCCAUGCGGAAGGUGUUCAAGGCCUAGACCAAAGCACCGAGGAACAGCUGAGUCAGCAUCGUGGGGACCGGACACAGGCGUUUCCGGAGCAGGCGCUGCCUAUCCUCCCGCCAGGUCCAUCUCUCCCCACAGUGAGUGCCAGAGAACAAGACAUGGCAGCUGGGUUCCUUACAGCAGGAUCCCAGGGACUGGGGCCAUUUAAAGACAUGGCCCUGGUCUUCCCCGAGGAGGAGUGGAGGCAUGUGACCCCAGCCCAGAUCGACUGCUUUGGGGAAUAUGUGGAACCACAGGACUGUGGGGGCCCUCCAGGUUCAGGGAGCAAGGACAAGGAUGCAAAGCCCCAUGAGGAGGACCUGAAAGGGGCAUUCGGUGGGCUGGCUCCUGAGAGGUUUGCAGAAGCUGCUGUCCAGGGGCCUGGCCCUGGACGAGCUUGUGAGCAGGAGCCUGGGGGCCCUGCGGGUGACUUGCCUGGACUUCCUGCACCCCAGCACGGUGUCCCCCUGCCUGAUGCCCCCCACAUCCACAGUUCGUGGAAGCCUUUCCAAUGUCCUGAGUGCGGGAAAGGCUUCAGUCGGAGCUCCAACCUGGUCCGCCACCAGAGGACCCACGAGGAGGAGAAGGCAUUUGGCUGUGUGGAGUGUGGGAAGGGUUUCACCCUGAGGGAGUAUCUCACCAAGCACCAGCGAACACACCUGGGGAAGCGGCCCUAUGUGUGCAGCGAGUGCUGGAAGACGUUCAGCCAGAGGCACCACCUGGAAGUGCACCAGCGGAGCCACACGGGUGAGAAGCCCUACAAGUGUGCUGACUGCUGGAAGAGCUUCAGCCGCCGCCAGCACCUGCAGGUGCACCGCAGGACACACACCGGUGAGAAGCCCUAUACCUGCGAGUGUGGCAAGAGCUUCAGCAGGAAUGCCAACCUGGCCGUGCACCGGCGCGCCCACACUGGUGAGAAACCCUACGGCUGCCAGGUGUGCGGGAAGCGCUUCAGCAAGGGUGAGCGCCUGGUCCGCCACCAGAGGAUCCACACGGGCGAGAAGCCCUACCACUGCCCUGCCUGUGGGCGCAGCUUCAACCAGAGGUCCAUUCUCAACCGGCACCAGAAGACCCAGCAUCGCCAAGAACCCACAGUGCAGUGAGACCCCCAUGUGCUUGGCUGGUGGGUGAGGGGUGGGUUAUACAUGCCCUCUAGCCUGUGAGCAAGUGUAGGGCGCAGCAGUGGCAUGGACAGUUUCCCUUGGCAUGCAGGGAAGCUCUAGGGCGCUUCAGCAUUCCUUGGCUCAUUGCCAUCUGUCAUGUGGUCAGCAGCCUGGAGCUCAUUUUCCUGAGACCCCAGUGCUGCUUGCAAGAUCAUCAGCUCAGACUCCCUCCCUCCCUUCCCUUUCCCAUUUUAUAAAUAUUUAUUGAACACCUUCUGUGCUCCUGGCACAGAGAUUCUGUGGUGUGCCAUACCCUGUCACAGCCCUGUUGUGCCAGCCUCUCCUAUUUCUCCUUUAAACUAGUUUGUUUUCUUCAUGCCUCCUGUGUCUGGCUGUAACAUUCUGCCCUUUGUAACAUUUCCCCAUCCCGAUUUUCCCUGCACUAUAACAACAGCUAUUAGGAAAUUAAUAUUUUGCUAUCAGUCACUGAAUAAACAUGAGAGUAUUUUUUAAAAAAUUCAGAGAUCUGCCUAGAAUCUGGAAGAUGAACUGGUAUUAAUGCUGUAUAUUGGAUGGCACUUUAUAGUCUAUAAAAUGCUUUUUUCUGUGUUCUCUUGAUUUGCUCCUAUUUACUAAAGCCCUGCCGUAUGCCAGUAACUUUUUUGGGAGCUUGGAGAAUAACACUGGGAGAAAACAUCCCUGACUCAAGUUCACUUGGGAAAAGUAUUUGAUCCUCUGUACCUGUGGGUAUUCCUGUGAGUCCCCCUGGGCCUGGGAAGGUGUUCUUGGUCCCAUCCACCUCUGCUGAAUUGCAUUCUCUACCUACCUCUUGUCAAUGAACUGUCCUCCAUGUAUCUAGGCCCUUGUCACCCAAGACCCUCGGGGUCCUGGAUGCCAGGAGGGGUGACGAGGUAGUACCUGUUUGGCAUGUGUGCUGAUUCAAGAAAAUGAUGUUUGUAGGUAUUAAAAACAAUGUGUUUCUUUACAAAUGAAAGUCUGUGUAUUUGUAACUGUGUAAACUUUUAUUCCAUCAUCACUAAAGAGUUUUCUUGUUAGGAUUCCAGGAACUACAUAACUAGUGUGAAUGCUGUGUAAUGUAUGCCUUGCCUUCCCAAACUGGCUGCUCUGUAAGUUUGUCUUUGGCCAAAUCUGUACUGUGUAAUUGUGAGCUAUGCAGUAUCUUUAGAUGGCU